AUGCGGCUACUUGCCUGCUUGUCCUGGCUGCUGACACACCGCAUAUUGAUGAACAAAGGCUUCAUCUUGCGUCGCAAGGGACUCUCCACCGACACGAUCGCCAGCCUGGUCAUUGGGCUUACGGCAACAGCUUGGACCUCUUCUGUACUUGUUCACCUCUACAACACAGAGACACGAUGGGAGCCUUCGCAGCAGCAGAGCUGGGAGCAGGGGACUGUAUUGCGGACACUAGCAGGCCUUGCUGAUGCACCUCUCCUGACACAAAACCUCUUCGGCUUCUGGCUCGUCAGCUGGCCAGACGGGAUUCGAGCAGAACGAAAUCGAAACGACGGCUAUAAGCCCUAUCUCUGGUCGCUGGCCGGUCUCCGAGGUCCGUUCGACUGGGCUUCGGGGAUCCAUUCCGGCUUCUACAGAGCACUGGUCGUUGUCAUUGCCGUUUCCGUUUCCGUUCCAGCCAUUGCUGCCGUCCUGGUCGGCAAUCCCUUGACAGGCAUUCUCAACCUGGCAGGACUUGUGUUGUUCCUGGUGAACGGGGUCGGGAACAACCCCUACGUCCGAGCCUCGCACCGCUACGCAAGUGACAGACUCCGCAUCGCGUUGCCUACCAGCCAUCACGAAGGCACAACGUACAUCCUCCCCAGCAGAGGAACGGGCAUAGACGCCGUGUGGACACCCAAGAUCCAGAACGAACACCUGGAGGCCGACCAGGAGAUGAUGACCUUGUUCGCGAAGAUGCGGUCGGGGCGCUGCUCCGUCGGCGAGCCCUUGGAACAUCUUCGGAAAUGCCUGGCGCUCUAUCAUCCACGCGCACUCCUGUCCACGUCGGAAGUGCAACUGCUCGCCUCGUGGAUCUAUGCCGAGAAAGCACCUGGCGAUCCAUCUCUGCGCACCAUCCACUGUGACCGCGCCCCCGGCGUACACCUGGUUGGCCGAGACUUGAUGUUCGCCCUCUGUCACGCCGAGUACAUUGUUUUCAUGGAACAAGGCCGCCUUCCAGCCGUGACUCGCGACAAAUUGGGCACUCUACGGCUUCUUUCGCGCAGUGGAGCUGGAGUAAACUCCGAGACAGAUACACAUACGAUUGGCUUCAGGCCUGGAAUGGCCGGCUACAAGGAAGCCGUGCAACACAUCUACGCCAUCUUCGACAUGGCAGUUGAGGACCAUGCGAUGCAGUUUUCUUCCACGCCGCCUCCGCCCUAUUCGUAUGCCCUGCACAGCUCGCCUUCGACCAUCGAAGAGUAUGUGUCACAAUUGUGGGACGUGAGUACGCAAAACAGCGAGUCGACCUUCAGUGCCCUGUAUUUUUUCACGACCGUGUGGUUCAUGGAAUUGGGCAACUUGAAUGGCUUCCACAUCUUCCCCCUGCGGUGCAAGACCAGAGAUGGAGACCUGGUGAGCCAGCAGAUUGCGUGGCGGCAAGCGUGGUACUCGGGCUGUAUAGCUCAAUUGGUUGCCGUGAGUCCGAUGCUGUUUGGUCUUUUUGUGGUAGGAUUUGUAAAUUGA